CGGUGUCAUGAGUUAAUAAGGGACUUGUGCGAGUGGCAGGCACGGAAAUGCGGGAGAGAAAGAUGGAGAUCUAAACGGCGUUAGGACCGCUCGGCGCGCUCAGGUCUGGAGGUGGUAUAAGGUUUGCAAUCCCUCUACUUGCUGGCAGUUGCAGGAGAAGAUUGCUUUUAAGUGAAACGUCCCUGCCACCUCUCUGAGGUUUCAUCCCCCAUAAUAGUGUCCUGCCCUUAAGUUUGAGAGCUCCUUUUGCGAUGCAGGGUCCGCGCUGAUGCUGAGGAGGAGGCACGGGAGAUUUCCAAUCCAGAAGAAUCGCUGGCAUGUAUAUUUCAUCCGAUGGACUUUCCAUGUGGCUCAUCUCCCUGCCAUCAACGCUAUAUGCAGUGACACUUUUGACUUGAGCAGAGGAAUGCGCGGAGGAAGCUCCGGCGAAACUGGUAGGAGAAGAUCUCCUCGGCGCCACUGCUAAUUGUCGUGAUUUAUGUCCCCUCCGAGUACCUUCCACGGCUUCAUCUAAAAUAAAACGAAAGCUGGGGCCAGCCAGGAGCGCAGCCUUUGCAGAGCGUCUCGUCGCUGAGAGCCAGGGAACGUCCUGCAGCUUCCCGGAGCCCCAGUAAAAGUUUAAUGCAAAGAAGUGGCUUGGGCAGACGGGAGACCCGGCGGUGCAGCGGGGCUGGCAGGAAACCCUGAGCGGCUGCUGCUGACUUGUUCCAGGGAGAGCGUGGGUCCUGGCUCCCCUUCUCUGAUCUGCCGUUCGCCGAGCUUUGCAGUGGAGCCGGAGGAGUUCCUCCCCCUUCGCCCCGGGGCGAGCUCCGCCGGGCAGCUCCAGGGCAGUCUACAGUUCCCGGGGCAGGGGCGGAGAAGGGGGCUCCGACCUGCCGGCUGGCGGGGGCUGCUCUUCUCCAGCCCUUGAACUCCUCGGCGUUCCCAGGAACUUUUGUUGGGCGUGCGGCACACGGCUGCCAGGCUUCCCGCGGCUCGGGGACGGGGCACAGCGGGCGGAGCAGCCUCCCACCCCUGCGCCGCUGGCUCCCAUGCUCCCGCUGCCGGAGGGGGAUGAGGCUGGCAAGGUCCCAGGCAGCGCGGUGUCCGCUCUCCUCCCCGCUCUAACGAGAGGGAUUGCUCCACAUGGGUGUUGGUGCCAGAAGAAAAGAAUGAUUGAUGGGAAACAGACACCAGGCUGUAGACACUCAUCCUUUUGCUUCAGAUGCUGAUUUAUCAGUGCGUCUAGGUAUCCCUUGUGAGCUUUGAACACGGAGGAUCACUCAGGGUUAUCGACAGUACAAGUGAAGACCUACAACUUUGCUAAAUUAUUAUCUGCUCUCGGACAUCUUUUACAAAAAGCCCUGAUAGACACAUGAUAAGACAAAGGACAAGCUUCAGAUUUCUGUGAAAAGCUGUCCUUUGAAUAUGUUAGGCUUCCACCAAAGUCUUCAACUUAGUAAAGCAAGUACCAUAUUCUAACGCUUCACGUUCAGUUGUGGAACCUGUUUUAUAAGAUACAUACAUAAAUAUAUGUGUACAAUCUAUAGACUGUCCUUAAAUCAAUACUGGUUAUAAUUAUCAAGGCAAUUUCAAAGGAUUUAGAGAUGUAUUUGUCAAGAUUCCUGUCACUUCAUGCCCUUUGGGUUACUGUAUCUUCAGUGAUGCAGCAUUAUCCUUCAGUGUGGGGACAUUAUGAUGUGUGUAAGACUCAGAUUUACACAGAAGAAGGAAAAAUUUGGGAUUACAUGGCCUGUCAGCCGGAAGCCAGAGACAUGAUCAAAUAUGUGAAAGUGACCCUGGAUCCCCCUGAUAUAACAUGUGGAGAUCCUCCCGAGACCUUCUGUGCAAUGGGGAAUCCCUACAUGUGCAAUAAUGAAUGUGAUGCAACUACCAAUGAACUGGCACAUCCACCUGAACUGAUGUUUGAUCUUGAAGGAAGACAUCCCUCCACAUUUUGGCAGUCUACAACUUGGAAAGAUUAUCCCAAACCUCUCCAGGUUAACAUUACCCUCUCCUGGAACAAAACCAUUGAACUAACAGAUAACAUAGUUAUCACCUUUGAAUCUGGCCGUCCAGACCAAAUGAUCCUGGAGAAAUCACUUGACUAUGGGCGAACAUGGCAACCAUACCAGUAUUAUGCCACAGACUGCUUAGAUGCUUUCCAUAUGGAUCCCAAAUCAGUGAAGGAUUUAUCACAGCACACAGUCCUAGAAAUCAUUUGCACAGAAGAAUACUCCACUGGGUACAUGACAAAUAGUAAAAUCAUCCACUUUGAGAUCAAAGAUCGAUUUGCAUUUUUUGCUGGACCUCGGCUUCAUAAUAUGGCUUCCCUGUAUGGCCAGCUUGACACAACCAAGAAGCUGAGAGAUUUCUUUACCAUCACAGACCUGAGGAUCAGAUUGCUCAGACCAGCAACUGGGGAAAUAUAUGUAGAUGAGCAACACUUGGCACGCUACUUUUAUGCAAUCUCAGAUAUAAGGGUAUAUGGAAGGUGCAAGUGUAACCUUCAUGCCACUGGCUGUAAAGAAGAAAACAAAAAAUUGUUUUGUGAAUGUGAGCACAAUACUACGGGCCCAGACUGCGGGAAAUGCAAGAAGAAUUAUCAGGGUCGACCUUGGAGUCCUGGCUCAUAUCUGCCUAUUCCUAAGGGCACAGCAAAUAUCUGUAUUCCCAGUAUUUCCAGUAUUGGUAAUCCACCAAAGUUUGAUAGGAUAUGGCCGAAUAUUUCUUCCCUUGAGGUUUCUAAACCAAAUCAAGACUGUAAUUGUAACCCUUUUGGCUCUGUCCAUGAUCGCUGUAAUGACACAGGAUUCUGUGAGUGUAAGGAGGGAACAUCAGGGACUAAAUGUGAUAAGUGUCUGCUGGGAUAUAUCUGGCACAGCUUAGGCUGUCAACCAAAUGUAUGUGACAAAGAACUACUGCAAUGCCAGAAUGGAGGAACAUGCCUCAAAAACAUGCGAUGCCAGUGCCCUCCAGCCUACACUGGCAUUUUGUGUGAGAAGCUGAAGUGUGAAAGGGAUCCAGGAGGUUGCAGCCAAAACUCCGGCAACAUGGCAGUAUCACAUGGCCCUCUAUUACCGCUGACUGCUCUACUAGGAGUAACUGGGCUUUUCAUAUUCUAGGCUCCGUCUGGUUGAUGGCAUCACAUUCAGACUGCUUCAGAAGGAAUGUGCCACAAAAAAAAAAAAAACCCAAGCAUUUGCUACUAAAAUUUUAAAAAAGAAAAAGAAUAAAACCACGUAUAAACUAAGAAGGCCCAACUGAACUAAGCCAUAUUAAUCAAUUGUGGACAGCACUCUGAGUCAAACGACUGUUAAUUUCUGACUCAAGACAAGUUGGCAGCUGCCAAGUCUAUUACUACAAACAACAAUGCCAGCUGCAAAGAGUACACAGGAUUGAAAAGGCUUUGACAAGCCCCCAAAAUGGAAAAUAAAAAACAUUUGCCACUUUGAUAUGGUGCGCUACUGUACCUCUGCCCAGUGUGUGGACCAACCAAAUAGAGGCAUUCUUUGCUGUCAGUGCAUUGUGGGUAUAAGGAAAUCUGUUAAAGCUGCCAUAUUGGCCUGCUUCAGUCCCUAAAUCCCUUCCAACCUGUGCUUUAGUGAACGUUGCUCUGUAACCCUUGUUGGUUGAAAGGUUUCUUUGUCUGAUGUUAGUGAUGCACAUGUGUAACAGCCCCCCUUAAUAAAACUCAAGACAGUCAUAUCCUUGUAUAUUUUAGCAGCACUGCAUCAGUAAGAUGCUGUGUUCAUCUACUGUACAAGAGUGGCUAUAGGACAAAAAGUGUAUUUAUCCUUUUGUAUUCAAAUGAAGUUAUUUUUCUUGAAAUAAUGUACAAUGUAGAUUUUUUGUAUUAUUGACAAUUUGUGUUACCAGACAAUUUAUUAAUGUAUUUAAUUCUAAUCGGAUAAGAAAAAUUACUUUUUAUUUAAUCUUUUUUUUUCUUUUCUCCUUUCAUUUAAUUGUGCAGAGAUUUCUCUGUAUGGGCAACGUGCUGGCAUCAAAGAAUAUCAGUUUACAUAUAUAACAAGUGUAAUAAGAUUCCACCAAAGGACGUUCUAAAUGUUUUCUUGUUGCUUUAACACUGGAAGAUAAAAAAAAAUAAAAAUUCCUGCAUAAACAAACAA